CUGACCUGUACCAUCUCUCUACUGCUCGUGGGGUUUCUGUCAACUAGUACUGGAAGGGAGCACACUCGUUGGAGAAUAACAUUUUAUUGUGGCCAUGCCAGAACCCACUAAGAAAGAGGAAAAUGAAGUGCUGGCCCCAGCACCAGCUCCACCCCGGGAAGCACCAAAUAAAGAGAGGGAGGCCAGAACUUCAAUAGCAAAAGAACCAAAUAAAGAGAAGGAGGCCAGAACUUCACCAGCAAAAGAUGAAGAGGAAGCCUCCCCGCCUAGUGCCCUGCCUCCAGGUUCGGGUAGUCGGGCCCUGGAAAGAAAAGAUUCAGAAUGGUCUGUUGGCGAAUCACCAGCAGGGGAGGAGCAGGAUAAGCAGAAUGCCAACAAUCAGCUGUCCACCCUGUUCGUGGAAAAGCCUCAAGGUGGAACAGUGAAAGUUGGUGAAAAUAUCACCUUUAUAGCCAAAGUCAAGGCCGAAGAUCUUCUUAGAAAGCCCACUAUCAAAUGGUUCAAAGGGAAAUGGAUGGACCUGGCCAGCAAAGCUGGGAAGCACCUCCAGCUGAAGGAAACCUUCGAAAGGCACAGUCGGGUGUACACAUUUGAGAUGCAGAUCAUCCAGGCCAAAGAGAACUAUGCAGGAAACUACAGAUGCGAGGUCACCUAUAAGGAUAAGUUUGACAGCUGUUCCUUCGAUCUUGAAGUACAUGAAUCUACUGGGACUACCCCAAGCAUUGACAUCAGAUCUGCUUUCAAGAGAAGUGGAGAAGGUCAAGAGGAUGCAGGGGAACUUGACUUUAGUGGUCUCCUGAAACGUAGGGAGGUGAAGCAGCAGGAGGAAGUACCUGAGGUGGACGUGUGGGAGCUGCUGAAGAAUGCGAAACCCAGCGAGUACGAGAAGAUCGCCUUCCAAUACGGCAUCACCGACCUGCGCGGGAUGCUUAGGCGGCUCAAGCGCAUGCGCAGAGUGGAGAAGAAGAGCGCAGCUUUUGCAAAAAUUCUCGAUCCUGCAUAUCAGGUUGAUAAAGGAGGCAGGGUAAGAUUUGCUGUGGAACUGGCGGAUCCAAAGUUGGAGGUGAAAUGGUAUAAAAAUGGUCAAGAAAUUCGACCCAGUACAAAAUACAUCUUUGAACAUAAAGGAUGUGAAAGAAUCAUGUUUAUCAAUAACUGUGUGCUAACAGAUGAUUCAGAGUAUUAUGUGACAGCUGGUGAAGACAAAUGCUCCACUGAGCUCUUUGUGAGAGAGCCUCCAGUUUUAGUGACCAAACAGCUGGAAGAUACAAGAGCGUACUGUGGGGACAGAGUGGAAUUAGAAUGUGAGGUGUCUGAAGAUGAUGCCCAUGUAAAAUGGUUUAAGAAUGGUGAGGAAAUCAUCCCUGGUCCAAGAUCAAGACACUACAUUAAAGUUGAUGGCAAAAAACACAUUUUGGUCAUAGACGAAGCAACAAAGGCUGAUACUGCAGAAUAUUCUGUAAUGACAACAGGAGGGCAGUCAUCCGCUAAACUUAGCAUUGACUUAAAACCUCUGAAGAUAUUGACACCUCUGACAGAUCAGACUGUAAAUCCUGGAAAAGAAAUCUGCUUGAAGUGUGAAAUAUCUGAAAACUUAUCAGGAAAAUGGACUAAAAAUGGCCUACCCAUUCAGGAGUCUGACCGUCUAAAGAUUAUUCACAGGGGAAGAAUCCACAAAUUAGUGGUAACCAAUGCUCUCGUUGAGGAUGAAGGUGAUUAUGUAUUUGCACCAGAUGCCUACUCUGUUAUUUUGCCUGCCAAAGUUCAUGUUAUUGAUCCUCCAAAGAUCAACCUGGAUGGUCUUGAUGCUGACAAUACAGUGACAGUAAUUGCAGGAAACAAGCUUCGUCUAGAGAUUCCCAUCAGUGGAGAACCACCUCCUAAAGCCAUUUGGAGCCGAGCAGAUAAGGCUAUUAUGGAGGGCAGUAGCCGGAUAAGAGCUGAACAUUACCCUGACAGCACCACUCUGGUUAUUGAUGUAGCAGAAAAAGAUGAUUCUGGUGUUUACCACAUAAAUCUGAAAAAUGAAGCUGGGGAAGCACAUGCAGCCAUCACGAUUAAAGUUGUGGACGUCCCUGAUCCUCCAGUGGCGCCGAGUGUGACACAUGUGGGAGAUGAUUGGUGCAUCAUGAACUGGGAGCCUCCUCUCUAUGAUGGAGGGUCCCCACUCUUAGGUUACUUCAUUGAGAGGAAAAAGAAGCAAAGCUCCAGGUGGAUGAGGCUGAAUUUUGAUCUCUGCAAAGAAACAACCUUUGAGCCCAAGAAGAUGAUUGAAGGUGUGGCCUACGAGGUCCGCAUCUUUGCCGUCAAUGCCGUUGGCCUCUCCAAGCCCAGUAUGCCCUCCAAACCUUUUGUUCCAUUGGCUGUAACCAGCCCACCUACUCUUCUGGCUGUUGACUCUGUAACUGACACCACUGUCACAAUGAAGUGGCGGCCCCCCGACCACAUUGGUGCAGCAGGUUUAGAUGGCUAUGUGCUAGAGUAUUGCUUUGAAGGAACUGACAGCUGGAUAGUUGCAAACACAGAGCUGAUCGAGAAGACCAAGUUCACCAUCACAGGUCUGCCAACGGAUGCAAGGAUCUUUGUGCGCGUGAAAGCUGUGAACGCCGCCGGUGCCAGUGAUCCCAAGUACUACUCUCAGCCCAUCCUUGUGAAAGAAAUCAUAGAGGCUCCAAAGAUUCGCAUCCCAAGGCACCUAAAGCAAACCUAUAUCCGCAGAGUUGGAGAAGCCAUCAAUCUGGUUAUACCUUUCCAGGGAAAACCAAGACCAGAAUUAACUUGGAAGAAAGAUGGUGCACCUAUUGAUAAGAAUCAGAUCAACAUUCGCAACUCUGAGACCGAUACAAUCAUAUUUAUCAGAAAAGCAGAGAGGAGCCAUUCUGGGAAAUAUGAUCUGCAGGUCAAAGUGGAAAAAUACGUGGAAACUGCAUCCAUCGAUAUCCAGGUUGUUGACCGUCCGGGUCCACCCCAAGUUGUGAAGAUCAACGAUGUCUGGGGAGAGAAUGUUGCUCUAUCAUGGUUACCACCAAAGGAUGAUGGAAAUACUGCCAUUACAGGGUACACGAUCCAGAAGGCCGACAAGAAGAGCAUGGAGUGGUUCACUGUCAUUGAGCAUUAUCACCGAACCAGUGCCACCAUUACUGAACUGGUUAUCGGAAACGAGUAUUACUUCCGGGUCUUUGCUGAAAACAUGUGCGGCCUCAGUGAGGAUGUAACAAUGACAAAAGAGAGUGCCGUGAUUGCCAAGGAUGGUAAAAUCUACAAAAAUCCAGUGUAUGAAGACUUUAAUUUCACAGAGGCACCCAUGUUUACUCAGCCAUUGGUCAACACCUACGCCAUAGCUGGUUACAAUGCCACCCUGAACUGCAGUGUGAGAGGAAAUCCUAAGCCCAAAAUUACCUGGAUGAAAAACAAAGUUGCUAUUGUGGAUGACCCAAGAUACAGGAUGUUCAGCAACCAGGGGGGUCUGUACUCUGAGAUUCGAAAGCCCAGCCCCUAUGACGGAGGCACCUACAGCUGCAAAGCAGUCAAUGACCUUGCAGUGGAGAUUGACUGCAAACUGGAGGUGAAAGGUGGUCUUUCCUUCUGCAGGCUCCUCUUGCAAGGUGUGCCUCCUAACGUAAUUGAUUCCUAUUUGCGACACUUGCACUCAAGCAAUCCUGAGGAAUACUAAGGGCCUGGGCACUGCCUCUCUGCUCACCACUGCUUUGAAAUCGGGUUGCAAUGAGAAAGCGUUUUCUGUUUUGCUACCAGGCUCCCAAGUGUGGUUGUUUUCUUUCCUCCUGAUGUUGAAGAAAAAAAAAAAGAUGUUUGCACAGAUUGCUUAAUUAAAAAUUGCAAACAAAAUCUCAUUUGAAGUUAGCAUUUUGGUCAUUGUUGUCUGUGCUUGGUCACUGUACUUUCCAAAAAAAGCAAGCUCUA